GGGUGCACCUGGGAUGCCCCGGUCCGCUCGGCGGCACCGCCGAUUUUAAAUAGCAUCUUUCCGAUCUGUUUCCGCGGUCUCAGUCCCCGACCUCGGCGCUGCCUGGGCUCUCGCAGCCUCUCUCUAGGUCUCCUCCAAACGACCACCUCACGGAUUCCUUAUGGAUCGCAGCUCCAAGAGGAGGCAGGUGAAGCCUUUGGCAGCUUCUCUGCUAGAAGCUCUCGAUUAUGAUAGUUCAGAUGACAGUGAUUUUAAAGUUGGAGAUGCCUCAGAUUCUGAAGGGAGUGGUAAUGGAAGUGAAGACCCCUCAAAGGACAGUGGAGAAGGUUCCUGUAGUGAUUCUGAAGAAAAUAUUUUAGAGGAAGAACUGAAUGAAGAUAUAAAAGUAAAAGAAGAACAACUUAAAAAUUCUACAGAGGAAGAAAUACUGUCAUCGGAAAAACAGUUAGUUAAAACGGAAAAGAAGGAAGAAGAAGAAAACGGAGAAAGAUCUAGAAAGAAAAAGGAAAAAGAAAAGGAAAAAGAAAAGGAGAAAGAAAAAGAGAAAGAGAGGGAGAGAGAAAAGGAGAAAGAAAAAGCAACAGUAUCUGACAAUGUGGCUGCUUCUGCUGCUGCCACCACGCCAGCCACAAGUCCUCCUGCUGUUAACACAUCUCCUUCAGUCCCCACUACAACCACCACCACAGAGGAGCAAGUCAGUGAGCCAAAAAAGUGGAACCUUCGUCGGAAUCGACCCCUUUUGGAUUUUGUAUCCAUGGAGGAACUGAAUGACAUGGAUGACUAUGACAGUGAAGAUGACAAUGAUUGGCGACCUACUGUAGUAAAGAGAAAGGGAAGAUAUGCAUCUCAGAAAGAAGGAAGUGAUGGAGACAAUGAGGAUGAUGAAGAUGAGGGAAGCGGGAGUGAUGAGGAUGAGAAUGAUGAAGGCAAUGAUGAAGAUCAUAGCAGCCCUGCCAGCGAAGGGGGUUGCAAGAAAAAGAAGAGUAAAGUUCUUAGCAGAAACAGUGCUGAUGAUGAGGAACUGACCAAUGAUAGCCUGACAUUAUCUCAAAGCAAGAGUAAUGAGGACUCGCUGAUUCUUGAGAAGAGUCAAAACUGGAGUUCUCAAAAAAUGGACCAUAUUCUGAUUUGCUGUGUUUGUCUUGGAGAUAAUAGUGAAGAUGCUGAUGAAAUAAUUCAGUGUGACAAUUGUGGCAUUACAGUCCAUGAAGGUUGCUAUGGAGUUGAUGGAGAGAGUGACUCUAUUAUGAGUUCAGCUUCUGAAAACUCCACUGAACCUUGGUUUUGUGAUGCAUGUAAAUGUGGUGUUUCCCCUAGCUGUGAACUGUGUCCUAAUCAGGAUGGAAUUUUCAAGGAGACAGAUGCUGGAAGAUGGGUUCACAUUGUUUGCGCUCUGUAUGUCCCUGGAGUAGCCUUUGGAGAUAUUGACAAAUUGCGACCAGUAACACUAACUGAAAUGAACUACUCCAAAUAUGGUGCCAAGGAAUGUAGUUUCUGUGAAGACCCUCGUUUUGCUAGAACUGGAGUCUGCAUCAGCUGCGAUGCAGGGAUGUGCAGAGCUUAUUUCCAUGUGACCUGCGCCCAGAAAGAAGGUCUGCUUUCAGAGGCAGCAGCGGAGGAGGAUAUAGCAGAUCCAUUUUUUGCUUAUUGUAAGCAGCAUGCAGAUAGGUUAGACAGAAAGUGGAAGAGAAAAAACUACUUGGCUCUCCAAUCCUAUUGUAAAAUGUCUUUACAAGAAAGAGAGAAGCAGCUAUCACCAGAAGCACAGGCAAGGAUCAAUGCCCGGCUUCAGCAGUAUCGUGCCAAAGCAGAACUAGCUCGAUCCACCAGGCCCCAGGCCUGGGUUCCGAGGGAGAAACUGCCCAGACCACUCACUAGCAGUGCUUCAGCCAUUCGUAAACUGAUGCGGAAAGCGGAACUAAUGGGGAUCAGUACAGAUAUCUUCCCAGUGGAUAAUUCAGAUACUAGUUCUAGUGUGGAUGGAAGGAGAAAGCAUAAGCAACCUGCUCUCACUGCUGAUUUUGUGAAUUAUUAUUUUGAGAGAAAUAUGCGCAUGAUUCAAAUUCAGGAAAAUAUGGCUGAACAAAAGAAUAUAAAGGAUAAAUUAGAGAAUGAACAAGAAAAGCUUCAUGUGGAAUAUAAUAAGUUGUGUGAAUCUCUAGAAGAACUACAAAACCUGAAUGGGAAACUUCGGAGUGAAGGGCAAGGAAUAUGGGCCUUACUAGGCAGAAUCACAGGGCAGAAGUUGAACAUACCGGCAAUUUUGCGAGCACCCAAGGAGCGAAAACCAAGUAAAAAGGAAGGAGGCACACAAAAGACAUCUACUCUUCCUACAGUACUUUAUAGUUGUGGAAUUUGUAAGAAGAACCAUGAUCAGCAUCUUCUUUUACUAUGUGAUACCUGCAAACUCCAUUACCAUCUUGGGUGCCUGGACCCCCCUCUUACGAGAAUGCCAAGAAAGACGAAAAACAGUUAUUGGCAGUGUUCAGAAUGUGACCAGGCUGGGAGCAGCGACAUGGAAGCGGAUAUGGCCAUGGAAACCUUACCAGACGGAACCAAACGAUCAAGGAGGCAGAUUAAGGAGCCAGUGAAAUUUGUUCCACAGGACAUGCCUCCAGAACCCAAGAAGAUUCCAAUAAGAAACACGAGAACAAGAGGACGAAAACGAAGCUUCAUUCCUGAUGAAGAAAAACAUGAGGAAAGAGUUCCUAGAGAGAGAAGACAGAGGCAGUCUGUGUUACAGAAGAAGCCCAAGGCUGAAGAUUUACGAACUGAAUGUGCUACGUGCAAGGGAACGGGAGACAAUGAAAAUCUUGUCAGGUGUGAUGAAUGCAGACUGUGCUACCACUUUGGCUGUUUGGAUCCUCCUUUGAAAAAGUCUCCUAAACAAACAGGCUAUGGAUGGAUAUGUCAGGAGUGUGAUUCUUCAUCUUCUAAGGUGAGACCUAUGACUUGCUUCUAAUCAACUGAUUUCGACAAAGAUGGUGGAGUGAGCAUGAAGACAUGUAUACAGUUACGUUAUAUAAGAUGGUGGCAUACAUCUCUGAAGAGACUUUCUGCUCACUUGUUGGUUUCGAUGAAAGGAGACCCAAGGGGCAAGGAACAGCCAACAAGGAAAUGGGGCCCCCAGUCCUGCAACCACAAGGAAAUGAAUUCUGCCAACAACCUGAUUGGAAUGAACCUCCUCCCAGUCAAAGAGUCAGAUGAGACCCAUCCCCAGACAACACCUUGAAUGCAGCCUUGCAGAAAAUAAAGCAAAGUGUACCCAGACUC